GGUUUGUUAUUCUAUACUAUUCUAUUCUACAAGAACAUUCAACAACAAGUGUAUCUUCUUUUCUUUACACUAUUAGAUGUCGGAAAGGGUAUUUUCACGUGUUUCCCCCUCAGCCCUUCAAAAGUUGGUGUGUUUGAAUACAGAAGUAGGUGAGCGAACAGGAGGCGACGGAAAGCAUAUUUUAAGGAGAGGCAGACGGGGAAAAGGAUGGGGUGGAGGAGAGAAAAAAGGGGGGGGGGGGCGGAACGGAACCCGGAUGCUGAUGCUGCCGUAUCGUAUGAGGAGGAGAAGAAGAGGGGAGAGAGAAAAAAAUAACGUGUUUUUUUUUGCGUCCAGAAGGGAGGCUAUCCCGUGAUGGAUUGUGGAUGCAAAGAACUUCGACAGACAAGCAGAUAUUUUUCGAAUCGCUUCUGAAGCUGCAUCUUUCUGCACAAGGACGCCGGUGAAGGAUGAUUCUUGGAACCAGCGGCGACAGGAGCGCGAGCGGGGAUGGUGUGAUAUGUCCAUAGACAGCGAGGGAGGGAGGGGAGAGUGCACGGGAAAGAAAGAGGGAGGGAGGAGAGUACUACGCCAGCUAAAUAUAUUUUUUUUUUUUGUAGAACCACGAUGUAUUACAACCAUCCAAUCGAGCGUUUCACAUAAAUAGAGAAAACGAUUAUUUAUCGAAAGAAAAAUAACAUUUUGGUCUGAACAGAAACGCAAAGUGAAAUUGUUGACAGACGUUGACUGGGGGAAUACAGAUUGAGAGAAGUCUAGGCUAGUCCGAACGGGUGCGGAUAGCAGGGUGGCUGUUUUGACGCUCUGUUACCCUCUAUUUCCUGAUACCAGGCCCUGGGAUAAUCAGAAUAGUGCACCGGAUAUUGGGAAAACCACCCCUCUGAGGCUAUAACGGAAAAUUACUAUUCAUAUAGCCUGAAGGACGGAGCAGAGAUAGUCUACAUACCAAAAUGAGACAAAAAGAGGUGGAGGAAGUUACAAAUAUGUUACGAUGAUAAGAUUCUUUACAAAUGUCGUUAUUAUAAGGAUCAUUUAUGACAGCAUCGGGUGUAGGCUAUGAGGUGCAGAAUUGUGUGCAAUCUAGCCGUUAAAUUGAGCCUAUCUGAUGAAAUAGUUUUUGAUAGGCUAUUCCAGCUGCUUACAUCUAUCUGUCUAUACCAAUAUGAACAAUAGGACACAUUUAUUACGUCUAUUGUUAAUAAUAAUUGUAAUUCAUAAUAACUUCCGUUAUUUUGGACUUCUCAAAUAUGCACCUGUCAAAAUCUCCGUACGAGUUUCCCUCUUCCACUUUCUAACGUCCCCUUGUUUCAUUCCUGUUUAGUCAAUUCACGGUCGUUGAUAAUAAACUGAGUUUACCGAAUUUAUAUGACGGAAAAUGUAUGCAAUAGCCGCAUAGAAAAGGGCAAGUGCACGGGAGUAGCCCUGCCGAGACUAUAGGCCACGAUAUUGUCAUCACGACUACAACCGCUCUCUCCAUUCCUCCCUGUGACAACAUCGCUAGGCGUCUGUAAUGUUAUUACCGCGGAGCCGUUCUGCCGCCAGGACCGACAGCUAUACAUUCCUCCUGAAAAAAACUGCGAGUUGAUCUCCUUAUCAUCAUAUAAUUUCGCUUUCAACGCACGGACAUCAUGACAAGCAAGGAGCUGUCCGUAGGCCAGUCGGCCCAAUACGUCGGGCCUUACCGGUUGGAGAAAACCCUUGGGAAGGGGCAGACGGGUUUGGUGAAGCUGGGAGUCCACUGUAUCACGGGACAGAAGGUGGCCAUAAAGAUUGUGAACCGAGAGAAGCUGUCCGAGUCUGUCCUCAUGAAGGUGGAGAGGGAGAUAGCUAUACUAAAACUAAUAGAGCACCCUCAUGUGCUGAAGCUGCAUGAUGUUUAUGAGAAUAACAAGUACCUGUAUCUGGUGUUGGAACAUGUCUCAGGAGGAGAGUUAUUUGACUACCUGGUGAAGAAGGGCAGACUGACGCCUAAAGAGGCCAGGAAGUUCUUCAGACAGAUCAUCUCAGCGCUGGACUUCUGCCACAGUCACUCUAUAUGUCAUAGAGACCUGAAGCCUGAGAACCUGCUCCUGGAUGAGAAGAACAACAUCCGCAUCGCUGACUUCGGCAUGGCUUCCCUACAGGUGGGAGACAGCCUGCUAGAGACCAGCUGUGGAUCUCCUCACUACGCGUGUCCAGAAGUUAUCCGAGGGGAGAAGUAUGACGGUCGCAGGGCAGAUGUGUGGAGCUGUGGAGUCAUCCUCUUUGCACUGCUGGUGGGAGCUCUACCCUUUGACCAUGACAACCUGCGCCAGCUCCUUGAGAAGGUGAAGAGUGGUGUGUUCCACAUGCCCCACUUCAUCCCCCCAGACUGCCAGGCCCUGCUCAAAGGAAUGAUCCAGGUCAACCCUGACAAGAGACUCACGCUAGAAGCCAUACAAAAGCACUCCUGGUAUCUCGGUGGUCGUAACGAGCCGUGCCCGGAGCAGCCACCUCCCAGGCGUGUGUGUGUGAAGAGGAUCGUGUCGCUGACCGAGCUGGACCCUGAUGUGCUGGACAGCAUGCACUCGCUGGGCUGCUUCAGAGACCGGGGGAAACUGACCCAGGACCUGCAGUGUGAGGAAGACAACCAGGAGAAGAUGAUCUACUACCUCCUCUUGGACAGGAAAGAGCGUUACCCCAGCUGUGAGGAUGAAGACCUGCCGCCCAGGAACGAUAUAGGUCUCCCAGCAGAUCCCCCUAGGAAGCGGGUGGACUCUCCCAUGCUGACCCGUCAUGGCCGGUGCCGGCCGGAGAGGAAGAGCCUGGAGGUGCUGAGUGUGACGGAGCAGGGCUCCCCAACACCCACGCGCAGGGCGCUGGACACCUCCGCACACAGCCAGAGGUCUCGUUCAGUCAGUGGUGCUUCAACAGGGCUCUCGUCAAGUCCUCUCAGCAGUCCCAGGGUCACCCCUCAGGGGUCUCCACUCCCCACCCCCCUGGGCACCCCCGUCCACCACCCCCAGCACCCCCCGCCCACCCCUCCCUCCUCCUCCUCUUCCUCCUCCUCCUCGCGGGCGGAGGGAGGCGGCGGGGGUGUGGGCGGGGGCGGAUCCCUCUCCCUAACUCCACCCUCCAGCCCCGGAGGCAGCGGGGGGAUGGCCGCCAGUAGCUCCGCCCACUGGAGGACACGCCUCAACUCCUUCAAGAACAACCUGCUGGGUUCGCCACGCUUCCACCGACGCAAACUGCAGGUUCCAACACCAGAGGACAUGUCCAGUCUAACUCCAGAAUCAAGCCCAGAGCUGGCCAAGAAGUCGUGGUUUGGGAACUUCAUCAGCCUGGAAAAGGAGGAACAGAUAUUUGUUGUCAUUAGAGACAAACCGCUUAGUUCCAUCAAAGCUGAUAUAGUCCACGCCUUCUUGUCUAUCCCGUCUCUGAGUCACAGCGUCAUCUCUCAGACCAGCUUCAGAGCUGAGUAUAAGUCCUCUGGUGGCCCCUCCGUCUUCCAGAAGCCUGUUAAGUUCCAGGUGGACAUCGCCUUCUCUGAGGGAGAGAGGGAGAGAGAGAGGGAGCGUGCCGAGAGGGAAGGAAAGAGGGAAACUGGCAUCUACAGCGUGACGUUCACUCUCAUAUCAGGUCCAAGUCGCAGGUUCAAGAGAGUGGUGGAAACGAUUCAAGCCCAGCUACUUAGUACUCAUGAUCAGCCAUCUGUGCAGGCACUGGCUGAUGAGAAGAAUGGGCAGCUGACCUCGCGUCCGCCCGGCACCCCGACCCGGCAAAACUCCCGACGUUCGGAAGGAGGCGGGGACCGGGGAGAGAAGUGUGAGCGUGGUGACGCAGGGAUAGGGGGCAGCGGGAGCGUGCUUCAGAGGAAGGGCUCGGGCAAAGACAAGACCAGACUCCUUUCCUCCAACGGGACACAGUCUCAGCCCUGAGGGAACAUUGUGGAAACAGACAUCAACAGAACAAGAUAGGGCAGACCGUUAGAGAGGGAUGACAUUAGAGAACAACACAGACAAAACCCCCUCAGACUACCACUACCGCCAUCACCACUACCACCGUCACAUCUACCGAACCACCUGACCCAGCAAUCAUCAUCACAAACCACUGCUUCAACCUGAAACAGGCCCGACCAGAUAGUUGGCCACCAAGAUAGAAGAAAGAAAAGAGAGGACGAGAGGAAAACGCAGUGUCACUCAUGGACUUGCUUCAGAAGAGAAGCCAAGAUCAGAAAAAUGUCUAAGUGUACAUUUGAAGUACAACUCAUCAUGCAACUGUCAACAACAAUAUGGAGCCAGUAAAAUAAUCAGGAAGACUUAUACGGGGAAAGGCAGGUCCCGAAUGGUUAAAGGAUAAAUAGAUUUUUUUUUUAAGUUAUCCGGUCUACAACCAAUAAGCUGAAAACCUUUGUGGAAUUCCAGAAAUAAUAAUUAUAACAGCGUUUUCUAGUUGGCGUGGAUCCACUUAUAAGUUUGACCUAACAUCGUUUUGGGGGGGGGGGGGGGGGGGGGGGGUCAGUGAGAGUGAAAUAUUACGGGUCAAUUUAGUGGCGGUCGGGGAAACGGACAGUUUGGGUCCUUUCACCGGAUUCUCAGUGACGAUAAGUUACGAGAACAGAACAGAAACAUGGUACAAUUGAAGAUAAGGGUGAGGAAGACUGCAUCAAAAUCAGAGUGACGCGUCCAAUUGCAUCUUUGCAUCCAAGUCGCUCCAAAGACGUCAAUACAGCCAUUUGAACAAAAUAAAGACAAAUACCUGUUUAUCUCCAUAACUAAACACCACAAUUGUCCUAAAAUACAAUUGAAACAAACUUAUGAAAACCAUCUUGCCUUGAAGUGAGGAUUCAGCAAACGGAUAUCUCAACGGAUAUCACCCAAGUUGAAGAAAAAGAACGGACAAGGCAUGGAAGAAUGUCUCAAACCCCCCCCCCCCCACCACUACGACUGACAUCUGGAACACGGAGAGACUUCAAGUAAUUCGAAUACUAUGAAUGGAACCCUCAGCAGGUCCUCAGAAUGAGGUGCUCAGAUGAAGAUGUUGUGGUUCACAGGAAGUUACCGUCAUUAGUUGUGUUCAUUCCGAGAGGACUGGACCCAGCCCUUCACAUCCAUUAUUGUCUUCGACAGAAAACAACCAACACCUCCCUCCCUUACGUUCCCAAUAUGGCCGACAUGGGGCACUGAAUGAUGCGGCUUUUGAAAAGGCCCUAGACACCUAGACGGAUUUGUUCUGUUAAGAGAGCAGAAAGAGGGAGGGAGGUGGAAAAGAUCAUUUCAAGAAACAAAAAGAGAGACUUUGUCUUAAGGAUGACAGAGAGAAAGACAUUGAAACUGCUGCAGAGGAAAGAAACAGACCACACACAAAAAGAAUGAAAUCCAUUUUGUUUUUUGUUUCCUUUUUCCUUUUGUUUAUGUGAUUUGAGCGCAAAUGAGUUGUUUGCCGCCAACAAAAUGGAGGAUAACGCUAACCAAGUGAAUGUCAAAAAUGAAGAAAAAAAAACACUAUUGUAAAAGUAUUUUAUUUAAUUCGUCAUAUAUUUAUUUAAUAUUUAUUUAUGUAUUUAAUUGUUGAUUUAUAUAUUGUAAAUUGGAAAGGGAAGAUGCUGACAAGAAUAGAGGGGAAAGUUCUGUUGGAAUAUUGGAACAGCAUUGAAACGGACAAAAAUGGCUGCUUGCAGUUGAAACCAGAUUGAACCGGCGUUUCCAGAGCAGGACAGAAAACAACCUCUUGUCCAAUCAUUCCUCAAUGUUUUAGAAACCAAUGCUGCAAAAAUCCUUCCAGAUCCUUUUUGAUGUUGUGUCUUUAUUGUUGAUUUGUCUUUGUUUGGUAAUAAUGAAGAUCAUUUCCAGUUUUAAAGCAACAAAACAAAGCAAAAACAAAACACAUUUUAAGAAAUGAGCCAAGGAUAGAUUUGAUGCUUUUGGGAAUUUCUGGGAUGGCAAAAAAAAAAAAAAAAAUCUUCCAUGAAGUAAAUAAAAAAUGAUUGCAUAGAAACUUGAAAAAGCAGAGGAGAGCAGGAAAGGGUGGGGGGGUAGUAAUCUCCAAUACCUUCUCUGUCACAUUCUGCCUGAAUGUUGUUACUUAAGAGUACAAAGAUAUGGACACGCCACAUAAAAACACCGACUGAGGGCCCAACCCCACGUGCAGAACACAAACCGUAUUCGCACACACACGCACAGACCCUUCAAAAACGGAAACCCUCCUGUUCUUUCAGAGAAAAAAACCCCAACAAUUAAAAACUGGACCUUAACAUUGGAACGCACUGUCCUAAAAGACACCAAACACAUAGUGGUUUCCCCCUACCAUCCCUUCGCCCUUGGCCACUGCCCCCCACUUCCUUCAUUACGACCCCCCACGUACCCCUUCCCCUUGCACAGAGCACCAAAAGAAAGCGCAGGUUUUGUUCUAGUCCCUCCCUAGUCCCUCGUCAUCAGUCGACACCUUGUUGUUUCAUGCCACCGCCAUUAAGCCCCUAUUAUCAGUCUCACCCUGCCUCACGUGACCGCUGUGACCACGAUACAGUAACUGAGACUCACCGCGGCACGGCACUCCACGUCCCCAUCAGCCAUCAUCACACUUCAUAUCAGUCCGAGUCAACACGCUGCUACCAUAGCACACAACUCCUCGUACAGCAAACAGGGGCGGUUCUGUAGCUAGGAGACGUAGAACAGUAGGUUCUUGUAACUCUUUACUUAGCGUACUCUCUGUCUAUUACGGCUGUACUGGAUACUUCCCUGGUGUGAAACGGCCAUUUACCAUGAAAUACGAAAAGAGUGGGAGGCAGUCUUCCUCUAUUUCCUGACCUGGGGCUCGUCUUGCUCCCCUUCCAACACAGCAAAGAACACGAUUAUGGCUUGCUGACUUUUAGUAGCUCACCUCUCAUUGUAGCUCACACCCUUCACUCAAGGCCUUUUGGCAGGAAUCAUGUACCCAUUGUCCUAAUAUCGUGCCGACUCGAACCGUACUGUGCUGUCUUGGAUAUUUUCCUUUCACAUUGUCCUUUCCAGCAUGGCGGAUGUGUAACCAUGCUGGCCGAGCUAGUCUCGAGCUAGUCUUUUUACUGCAUUAAUAUAGGUGGCAUAUGAAUCCAGCACCGUCCUGCACAGAAUAGUAGUUGUAAGAGUUUGCAUAGCCAGGAAUGAGUUUUGGCGCCUUAAGAUGAUGCGUACGGAGGGAGGUACAUGCCUGUUAUAUUUGCCCGACCUGUCCGUUUGUGUGUCCUAUUCCGAGCCCUCAUCCUACUCCCCGCCACAUUCUAAUGCUACGUCAGGGGUCAUGUGAAUGGGAGCGAUAUGUGAAUGGGAGCGAUAUGUGACACAAGACGACCCCACAGUCUUUCAUUCUCCAUUACCCUGUGCUUUAAACCAGAGAGGGAUAGUGGGAGACAGCGUUAUCCCUACCUUUUGUAUAGGUGGGGUAGGCCUCUCCCUGCCUAUUUCUGUUGCUCCACGUCUAAAAGAGUUUGGCUUCUAUUGGUUUCAAUUGGCGUUGUCGAGGCCAAAGGGCCUGGACGUUGCUGUUAGUGAGAGCUUUGACGCCCCGCCUAGGGGAAACUAGGGGGAAAACUGUCUGGAGAUACAACUAGAGCGAAACCCUUCUUAGACAUUAUGUGUAAAUAACCGUUCAAAGUAAAUGAUGGGAUGCGGGGGAGAAGUUUGACCCCCAUUGCGGGUGAAUCUUACAACAAAAGGCCCCCUCUCUCUCCAACCAACUCAACCCCCUCCUUGCCCCCUUCCUACACCCUCAUUAUCUCUUUGUAUCUCUUCUUGAACCCCCAUCCUCUUAUCCAGAUGAAAAUACCUCAACCCCAGCCCAUCCUUAUAUAAUCACACCCCUCCCCAUGUGUCUGUCCAUUGUAUACAGUAUGAAACCAUGUCUUGAUUCUUUAUUCACCCUGUACUCACAAUAUGAUUAUUGUUGUCAUCAUUAUUGAUCAUUCCAAGAUUGUAAAACUGUUAUUCCCCCCCCACUUCAUACACAGUAGAACAAAACAAUUCUUAAAAAUUCAAAACAAAAAUUUGGGGGAAAACAACAUGAUGAGGAGGAUUAAAUAAGAAAUGUCUGUAUUAUAUAAAAAAUAAAAAAUGAAAGUGCACUAUUAUGAUUAUUAUUAUUGCCUGUGAUAAAUAAAGAACAAUAAACUACAUCAGAAGUUAAGAAA